CUCAAAUCGCAUCCACCUUAAGCAGAAAGGAAAGCCAGAAAUCUCAAUGGCUUCUUCUCUCACGGGAAAAUCUAGGGAGGUUUCAUCCCGGAUCCCUGACAGUCGCGAACCUCGGCCAAGUGUUGGUGGGAGGAAUUUCAAGGUCCUUAUGGAAAAUGAACGGAUUAAAGUUGGCAAUGUGCUCAUGAAAUCUGUGAGAGAAGCAGGUGCAACUUCGAGAACGAGUGCUACAGUAGCUGGUAAUCCUAAGGGAGGCUUCAAAAGUAUGGAUAAAAGCAAUAGCAAAUAUGUUACUUCUGCAAAUACAAAUGUGAGAAAGGCAUUGGCUGAUGUUAGUAAUGUUCAAGGAAACUCUGCAACAAAUAUUGGACGUGACAGCUCCAAAAUGAAGGGUUUAGCAGGUUCAAACAUUAAAAAAGGGGGUGGUAUCACCUUGAGGAAAUCCUUCACGGGAAUAAUGCAAAGAAAUAGAAGCAAUGAUGUCCAGUCAGAUGCUCCAAAGAAAGAACUAGGCACAGAUGUGAGACCAGCUUCAAAGGAUCAGAAGUAUAAUUCACAUGGAGGCCCAUCAGUUGUCACAAAAGACAGGUUUGCCAAGAAGCCUAUAUUACCUUCAAAUCCAAGUAAUUCAAGGAAGUCCUUACCAAUACCAAGGAAGUCCUUACCAGCACCAAGGAAGGUAUACAGAGCAGAUGAAAGUGCUGGAAGUUCUGAAACAGCAAAGGCACGAAGUUCUCUCCCCUCUAAGGCAACAGCAAGUAGAAGAGUUAGUUCCCAGCUAACUAAUGCAAGAAACGAUGUGCGGAAGAUACGAGUGAGUGAUGGCUUUACUCAAACGAGUCAAUCCAAAGUUUUAUAUGGAUCUUCAAGGAAGUACAUCAUGCCUCUUAAGACUAAAGUCAUCGCUUCUACCAAUCACAUGACUUUAAAACCUAAAUGCAUAUCAGAUCAGAACAUAUCACAAUCAAAUGCUACAAUAUUGUCUCAGGAUGAGGAAGCACUUCCAUUGCCUCUUCCAGUGAAUGGUUUAGCAUCAGUUUCCAAUGAUGCAAAUCAAGGAUGUGUUCCAUCUGAUGGAGAGAAAAAUUUGGUAGUACAUUUGCCAGAACUCAUUCUAAUGAAAAAGUCAAGACGCAAGAAAUCUUAUACUAGUUCAUUGAUGGAAGGAUCUAAGCUUCUCAAGCAAACGUGUGAAGUUAGCCAGCAAGAUAACCUACCAAAUAUAGACAAUGAUUGCAAUCAUUUAGAAGUACCUGAAUAUGUUGAUGACAUAUAUCAGUACUAUUGGGUUAGUGAGGCGCAAAAUCCAUCUUUGGCAAAUUACAUGUGCAUUCAGACAGAAAUUACACCUUAUAUGCGGGGCAUUUUGAUCAACUGGUUGAUUGAAGUACACAUGAAGUUUGAUUUGAUGCCAGAAACACUAUAUCUCACAGUUACAUUAUUAGAUCAAUAUCUUUCCAUGGUGAAAAUAGAAAAGACAGAUAUGCAAUUAGUUGGUCUUACAGCACUUUUGCUGGCUUCAAAAUACGAGGACUUUUGGCAUCCUAGAGUCAAAGAUUUAAUAAGCAUCUCUGCUGAGUCAUAUACAAGAGAUCAAAUGCUUGGAAUGGAGAAGCUUAUUCUUAGAAAAUUGAAGUUUCGUUUGAAUGUUCCUACUCCUUAUGUUUUCUUGGUGAGGUUUCUAAAGGCUGCACAAUCAGAUAGUAAGCUUGAACACAUGGCAUUCUUUCUCAUUGACCUAUGCUUGGUUGAAUAUGAAGCUAUAGCAUUCAAGCCCUCAUUAUUAUGUGCAUCAGCUCUCUAUGUUGCACGUUGCACUCUGCAAAUUGAGCCGCCAUGGACGCCAUUGCUGCAGAAGCAUGCACACUAUGAUAUUUCACAAAUGAGGGGUUGUGCCGAAAUGAUAUUGAAACUCCAUAAAGCUGCUAGCAUUGGAAAGCUAAAGGUUACAUAUGAAAAGUACUCAAGAAAGGAGCUACGUUUGGUUGCAGCCGUAAGACCGUUGGAUAGCCUUCCCUGAUUUUAGCUGCAAUCUUAUACUAUAAUAUGUCAAACUUAAAAAAAAAAUCUUAGAAUGUUGUAGCUACAUUUGUGAUACCAUCUU